UCGGAGACGAGAAUUGCAUAUAAGGAGCCGCUGUCCUAGGCCAAGGGUCAAUCCGUCUCGUACUUCAAAGACAUACUCUGAAGGCAUAUACAGCUAUGGAUUCCACCCAUGAUCAGUCCCACGGCGGGUUCGCCAUGAUAUACCAGAAUCCUUACCUUUUGGGUGUCGCAUCGUUCUCCACAUUAGGUGGCUUGCUGUUCGGCUAUGAUCAGGGUGUGGUUUCUGGUGUGAUCACAAUGCAAUCAUUCGGGUCCCGAUUUCCUCGAGUGUUUUCGGACAGCAGCUUCAAAGGAUGGUUCGUGUCUACCCUGCUGAUAGCUGCUUGGUUCGGCUCUAUCGUCAAUGGCCCUGUCGUGGACAGACUGGGUCGCAAGUUAUCCAUUCACGUCGCUGUCAUUAUAUUCGUCAUAGGAUCAGCCAUCCAAUGUGGUGCCGUCGAUACUCCAAUGCUUUUUGCAGGACGUGCAGUGGCAGGCAUAGCCAUUGGCCAAUUGACCAUGGUUGUGCCCCUAUAUAUCUCCGAGGUCUCGAUCUCUGAGAUACGCGGUGGUCUCGUUGUUCUCCAGCAACUCUCCAUCACCAUCGGCAUCCUAGUCAGCUACUGGAUUGACUACGGCACCAACUACAUUGGAGGCACACGCUGCGCCCCCAGCAUCCCCUACAGCGGCGGCACAGCGUCCUCCCCAGCAUUCGAUCCCUACACCGACGUCCCUUCUGGCGGGUGCACUGGCCAGUCCGAGGCCUCGUGGCGACUAACACUAGCCAUUCAGAUCAUCCCAGCCCUAAUACUUGGUCUAGGCAUGCUCUUCUUUCCCGAUUCGCCCCGCUGGCUCUUGAUGAAAGAACGAGACGACGAAGCUCUACAGGCACUUUGCAAACUACGUCGACAGAAUAGAACUAAUUCCGCGUUGAUCAGCGAGUAUCUCGAUAUUAAAGCAUCCAUCAUGUUAGAGAAUAGCUUUGCGAAGGAACGAUUCCCUAAUCUGUCUGGUGUUCGUUUGCAUGCUGCUCAGUAUAUCUCACUCGUCACUACAUGGGCACGUUUUAAGCGUCUAGCGAUCGGAUGCUGCAUCAUGUUCUUCCAGCAGUUUAUGGGCUGUAAUGCGCUGAUCUACUACGCUCCGACAAUAUUCUCGCAGCUUGGACUUGAUGGGAAUACUACUUCACUUCUCGCUACUGGCGUCUAUGGGAUUGUUAACUGUCUUAGCACGCUCCCAGCCCUCUUUCUGAUCGACAAGAUUGGUCGAAGAGCCUUACUCAUGUCCGGUGCCGCCGGGACUUGUGUUUCGCUGGUCAUCGUAGGCGGCAUUAUCGGGGCCUAUGGUUCGAAUCUGAUCCACCAUAGAUCUGCCGGAUGGGCCGGAAUCGCAUUCAUAUACAUCUACGAUAUCAACUUUUCGUACUCUUUUGCUCCAAUUGGAUGGGUCCUGCCAUCGGAGAUCUUCAAUCUCUCCAUACGUUCCAAAGCCAUGUCAAUCACAACUUCCGCUACUUGGAUGUGCAACUUUAUCAUCGGUCUCGUGACCCCGGAUAUGCUCGAUUCCAUCACCUGGGGUACCUAUAUCUUUUUCGCAGCAUUCUGUCUCCUGGCAUUUGCAUUCACUUUCUUCUUUAUUCCAGAGACCCGUGGAAAGACUUUGGAAGAUAUGGAUCUCAUCUUUGGAGACACGGCUGCCCAUGAGGAGAAACAGCGUAUUGUUCAGAUUGAGGCCCAGCUCCGCGGCACGGAUGGUCAUAUCGUCGAUCCGGAUUUCCUGAAGCCUUUCGCACAGGAGGAAGAGAAUAUUGCUUGAGGGUCCAUGACUGAUAUCGAUCUCUUGCAAGUUGUCGCUGUUGAAUCUGACGGGGAGCCCCAUCUAGCAUCGGCGUAUAUAAGGCAGAUCCUUCGAGA